UCAGGCAGGUAGAAGAAGACAGCAAGCUGAAGACAAGAUGGCGGCCCCGGUGGACCUAGAGCUGAAGAAGGCCUUCUCUGAGCUGCAGGUGAAGAUGAUCGACACGCAGCAGAAAGUCAAGCUGGCGGACCUGCAGAUCGAUCAGCUGACCCGAGUCCAGAAACACGCCAAAAUCACACAGACGCAGAUGACCUCACUGCCCGACAACAUCCGACUGUAUGAGGGCGUCGGCCGCAUGUUCAUUCUUCAGUCUAAAGAAGACAUCAAUAACCAGCUCACGGACAAACAGAGAACUGCUGAUGAGAAAAUCAAAGAACUGGAGCAGAAGAAGGUGUACCUGGAGCGGAGCGUCAAGGAAGCUGAAGACAACAUCCGAGAGAUGCUGCUGUCCCGGAGGUCGCAGUGACGUGUGUAACUUAUUCGUCAUCCGUUGUUUAGUAUUAAAAUGUUGAACUUGUGUCGGAGUGAAGCUUUA